AGAGACCGGAGAUGAUGAAAGAUGGAAUAUAUAUUCUCCAAACCCUAGACAAUGAAACGAGACCAAUGAACAUGUAGGCUUUUAACAUUGGGCCUUUAUUUAUUUAUGGCCCUUUAUUUAUUUAUGGGCCUUUAAAACAAGUUUAGCCCAAUAAUCUCAAGUGCAGUCUUUAACACUGUCUUCUUCAUUUCUGAAGUUCCGGCUAAAACCCUAAUCUCCGACGAUGGCUCUUCUCCGGCGAUUCGUUAAAGAAGCGAACAAUUCCAGAUUUCUCCUUCAAUCAAUCUCGGGACGUUCAUUCUCCACCGUAAAUCCCAAUCCAACUGCUUCACCUGGUCGUCGUACUUGCGUCGAAUUCGAUAACCUCAUCUACGAAGCCGGAAACUCCGGCGACUUCGAAGCCGUACGUCGUCUUCUCAACAGCCGCGUUGUGAACGCGUGUUUCAACACGACCGCAACAUUCAAAUUCCUAACAAACACAGACUCUUACUCUUCCUCCUUAGAAGAUCUCCGCCGCAUUUUACCUCAGACCGAGGCCGGCUACACUCGGAAACACGCCUACGAAACUCUCAUCGCUCGUCUCUGCAAACUCGGCCGGAUCGACGACGCUCUGGUCUUGAUCAACGAUAUGGCAAUCGGAAAAUUCGAGCUCUCAACCUCCAUAUUUCACCCGAUCUUAAACACGCUCACGAAGAAGAACAAGUUCGAAGAAGCUUGGCGCGUGGCGGAAUUGAUGAGAUCUCACGCGAUUCCGAUGGACGUGACGUCAUAUAACUACUUUUUAACUUCGCAUUGUUACGAAGGUGACGUGGCGGAAGCGAGCAAGGUGUUGAGGAAGCUGGAAGAGGAGGGAGUUAUGUCGCCGGACACGCGUACUUACGACGCGCUUGUGUUAGGCGCGUGUAAAUCAGGGAAUGUUGAAGCGGCGAUGGUGAUUCUGAGGAGGAUGGAGGAAGAAGGGUUAUCGGUAUUGUACGCCACUCAUGCGUACGUUAUUGGAGAGUUGCUGGAGAGUGGCUAUUAUGCGCUGUCUGUGGAGUUUGUGAUGGCGUACGCUGGGAAAGAUAAGAGAUUGGAUGAAGAGAAUUUGGGAAGUUUGGCUAGUAAGCUUAUUAAGAGGAAGAGGUUUAAAGAAGCUAAGUUGGUUUUGAAGGAGAUGAGUGUUAGAGGAUUGAGAAUGGGAGAUGCUUUACGUGAAUUUCAUGAUACCAAUGUGUUAAAAACAUGAUUUUGAUCCUAAGAAGGAGAAUCACCAUUGUUACAAAGAGCAAAACACUAAGUUGAUGAUACAGAUAAAAAUCAACUUUGAAGGAGGUUAGUGUAAAACAGUUAGCUUCUCUGCGAUUUUUUUCACAUGCAGUGUUUGUUGGUUUCCAAUAAGAAUGUAUAAGGUUUCGUGAUACAAAUGAAUCUGUUAUUGACUCGUGGCUUCAAGUUC